UGUCAGAAGUAUGUAACCUGUAGAUAACGUCAUGUAAACAAACAUAGUGAGCGCUAUAUAUAUUAUAUGUAAGUGCAUUUAUUAAUUUUUAAGUUGCAAUGGCAAUUGUUUUAUUUGCCAGGGGUCGUAGCUUGCUCCGUUUAUAUCCUAAUUGUUAUCAAAGCUCUUCUGCAGUGUCAUUUAUUGUUGCAGCAAAUAACAUUAAAUGCAUACCAAGUUAUAUUCAGAGAUGUCAAAGUGCAGCAUCAGUCAAGAAUACAGUCUUGGCUGUGUACAAUGGGAGAGUUGAUUUGAGAUGUUUCAAGAGCUCCAAAUGUGGGGAAGAGGUUACAAUGAAAAGCAGGUUGAAGAAGGCUGUCGCCGAGUAUGGGACGACGGUGAUGGUGUUCCACAUAACGAUAUCGCUGAUAUCGUUGGGCCUCUGCUACUCGCUUAUUUCCAACGGUAUCGAUUUGGAGAAGUUCGUGGAGAAGCUGGGUUUCGCCGAAACGAAGAUGACGUCCAAUGCGGGAGUUUUCCUCACCGCUUACGCCAUCCACAAGCUAUUCGCACCAGUGAGGAUCGCAAUUACUUUGGGGGCGACACCGGUCAUUGUUCGCUAUCUGAGGCACAAGGGCAUCCUGAAGAAACCCUUAAAGAUAACCAAAAAGAAAUAAGUUUUAUUAAUAAUAAACAAACGAAGACAUAGCAUUAUCGUCAA